CUGAAGGGGCGGCAGCCAGGCCUCCCUAGCCGGCGGGGUGUGGCUCUCCUCCAAAGGCUAUCGGCAGAGCUUCACACACUCCACAGCAGCUCAGCCCCAGAAGGACGGUUGGACGGAAGGAGGACACCUCUCAGCCCACGAGCACGGUUUCUCAUCUAUAAACCAGAGGAAAGCAGCCUUUUCAUGAGUCAAUUAUAGGAGGCCGUGUCCACACCCAGGAAUGGCUCACGGAAGGGGGUCAUCAGGAAAUCACAGCUGAAUGUAGCUGUUACCCCAGAGCUGUGAAUGUCAUCGCGUUUUUGAUCCCUGAGAUCGGUGCCUCUCAGAAGAUGCAGAUGCUCGUGCUGCUGCUCGCCUCGGUGGGCACCUGCCUGGACCCGCUGGUGGUGGUGGCAACAGACCCCAGCCCUGUCCGACCGGACCCCCGCGGCGUGCUGCGCACCCACCAGCGCCAGAAGAGAGACUGGAUUUGGAACCAGAUGCACAUUGAUGAAGAGAAAAACACCUCACUGCCCCAUUAUGUGGGCAAGAUCAAAUCGAGUGUGAACCGCAAGAACGCCAAGUAUGUGCUCAAAGGAGAGUCUGUGGGCAAGGUCUUCCGGGUCAGGGAGGACACAGGGGACGUGUACGCCUUCGAGAGGCUGGACAGGGAGAAGAUCCCUGAGUACCACCUCACUGCCCUGGUGGUAGACAAGAAUACCAACCAGAACCUCGAGUCUCCUUCCAGCUUCACCAUCAAAGUUCACGACGUGAAUGACAACUGGCCUGUAUUCACGCACCGGCUGUUCAACGCGUCUGUGCCGGAGAUGUCCGCUGUGGGGACCUCUGUCAUCCGUGUGACAGCCGUUGACGCAGAUGACCCCACUGUGGCAGACCAUGCCUCUGUCAUGUACCAAAUCCUGAAGGGAGAAGAACAUUUUGCUAUCGAUGGUUCCGGACUCAUUUUCACGACAACCAAAACCCUGGACCGAGAGAUGCAGGCCAAGUACGAGAUCGUGGUUGAAGCGCGAGAUGCCCAGGGCCUCCGUGGGGAGUCAGGCACAGCUACGGUACUGGUCACUCUGCAGGACAUCAAUGACAAUUUCCCCAUCUUCACCCAGGCCAAGUACACAUUUGCCGUGCCUGAAGACAUCCGUGUAGGCAGCUCCUUGGGCUCUCUGUUCGUUGAGGACCCAGACGAGCCCCAGAACCGGAUGACCAAGUACAGCAUCGUACAGGGUGAAUACAGGGACACCUUCACCAUUGAGACGGACCCCAACCACAACGAGGGCAUCAUCAAACCCAUGAAGCCUCUGAACUAUGAGGACAUUCAGCAGUACGUCUUCACCAUCGAGGCGACAGACCCCACCAUCAACCUCCACUACCUGAGCAGCAUCUCCGUCCGAAAAACUGCCCGCGUCAUCAUCAACGUCACAGAUGUGGACGAGCCCCCCGCCUUCAAGCAGCCCUUCUACCACUUCCAGCUGCGGGAGAACCAGAAGAAACCUAUUAUCGGCUCUGUGCUGGCCAUAGACCCUGACGCAGCUCGGCGGAGCAUUGGAUAUUCCAUCCGCAAGACCAGUGACAAGGGCCAGUUCUUCCGAAUAACCAAGCAAGGGGACAUUUACAAUGAGAAAGAACUGGACAGAGAAAUCUACCCCUGGUAUAACCUGACAGUGGAGGCCAAGGAACUGGACUCUAGUGGAUACUCCACAGGCAAAGAGUCCAUUGUGCAAGUCCACAUUGAAAUUUUGGAUGAGAACGACAACCCUCCAGAGUUCGCCCAGCCCUACGAGCCCAGAGUGUGUGAGAAUGCUCCCCAGGGCAAGCUGGUCGUGCAAAUCUCGGCAACAGACAAGGACAUUACACCACGAGACGUGAAGUUCAAAUUCUCCCUGAGCACCGAGGACAGCAACUUCACCCUCACAGAUAAUCACGAUAACACGGCCAACAUCACAGUCAAGUAUGGACAGUUUGACCGGGAGCGUGCCAAGGUCCACCACCUGCCUGUGCUCAUCUCAGACAACGGGAAGCCAAGCCUUACAGGCACCAACACGCUGAUCGUGACUAUUUGCAAGUGCAAUGAGCAUGGCGAGUUCACCUACUGUGAGGAGAUGGCAGGCCAGGCAGGCGUCAGCAUCCAGGCGCUGGUAGCCAUCUUCCUCUGCAUCCUCACCAUCACAGUGAUCACCCUCCUCAUCUUCCUGCGGCGGCGGCUCCGGAAGCAGGCCCGCGCACACGGCAAGAGCGUGCCCGAGAUCCACGAGCAACUGGUCACCUACGACGAGGAGGGCGGCGGCGAGAUGGACACCACCAGCUACGACGUGUCGGUGCUCAACUCGGUGCGGCACGGCAGCGCCAAGCCCCCGCGCCCCGCGCUGGACGCGCGGCCGUCCCUGUACGUGCAGGUGCAGAAGCCGCCGCGCCACGCGCCCGCAGUGCACGGCGGACCCGGGGAGAUGGCCGCCAUGAUCGAGGUCAAGAAGGACGAGGCGGACCAUGACGGCGGCGGCCCGCCCUACGACACGCUGCACAUCUACGGCUACGAGGGCGCCGAGUCCAUCGCCGAGUCCCUCAGCUCCCUGGGCACCGAUUCAUCCGACUCGGACAUCGAUUAUGACUUCCUCAACGACUGGGGGCCCAGGUUCAAGAUGCUGGCCGAGCUGUACCGCUCAGACCCCCAGGAGGAGCUGAUGUACUAAGGGGGCCAUGGGCCUCUAGGUCUGGGGACACAAACCACUGCAGUUCGGGCCAGCCGGACACCAGCCACUGAGCCCGCAAACUGUAGCACGGACACCCCAGUCCGGCAGCCCUUCCUCGUGGGCCCCAGAGACUUCACCACCUUGGGUAGCAAACUCCAGGUCCCUGAAAGGUCCAGGAACAUAUUUCAGUGACAGCUACGCCCUAAAUGCUGGAAGAUCCAGGCUGGGGUUCUGUCUGGACUCGGAUACCCAUAACCCUGUUGCCUGGAACCACGGGUCCAACUCAAAGCCUUUCUGUGGCUCCUCAAAGCAGCUUGUGUUCAACUGCCAGGGGGAGAUCUUCCCUUGAAAUCCUCGAAACCCCUGGUGAGGGUGGUGAGGUCAGGGAGGUCCUGGUGCCUCUCUGCCUGGACGCAAAGGGCUGCACAGCAUGGCCUGUGGGGCAAAACUCUUUGCAGCCCAGUCCUGUGGGAGACUGGAACCAUCCAUCAGCCUACCCUGCUUCAACUUCCUCCACUCUCCCAAGUUCCCCUCCACUCCCAGCCUCUUCCCAGGUCUGUCAGGAAGGAGGAGAGGGCCCCUUGACAGCUAUGGAAGGUGGCUCCUAAAGGGACCUCACUGGCCUGCCACGCCCCUAACUGCUGUACUAAGCACUGAAAAUUCAACCAAAGUCAGGAAAAUGGCUUGUUGAAUUCUGAAGCAACUGUGAAUCCAUCCUGGAGGGACAGUGAAGACCAAGUGUGACAGAUCAUAUGGUGAGGGAGACCUCCACACCCACACCCUUUGGAAAGAGCCUACAAUAGCUGUGACCCCAUUUUGAGACUCAUCGACAACCCCUCCAGUUUUUCCUGGGAAGUGGAGCAGACAUUCCCAGAACAGAAGACCUCUCCCUGUAUACGCCUUGCCUAGUCACUCAUUCAUGCUCUUUCUCUUUUUCUAUCUACUUUUUAAUCUCUUGACUUGAAGGCCCUCAAGAUCUGACCCUCAGCAGUUCUGGCUGAAGUCCAAACCCAAACAUGACUGCACUACAAAACUGUGCCAUUUGAUUUUACACACCUCAUUGUUGUCACAUCUCAGGAAACCCCUGCAGGGUCCCAUCCCUCAGGCACACCCUGCAGAAGGCACCCUGCCCCGCCCACGUCCUGUGGUCAUCUGUGCAUCUCCCACUUUCAGCCAAAUAUGGACCAUUCGAUUGCAAACAUGUCCUGGGGAAAUGGCAUCACUCAACGGGAGGGGGCAGGGCAGGAGGGAAAAUCCAGCUCACCCUUGGUCAUGAACUGAGGUUCCCUUCUGGACAAGGGCCCUCACAAUUCAGGAGAUUAUAGAUAACACUGACUUUUUUUUUAAAGCAAUAUCUAGCUUUUGUACAUUUUUGUUUACUAAUAAUACUAACAUAUUUCUAGCUCUCACAAACAUAUAGAAUAAGGGUUUUUGCAUAAUAAGCGGGUUGCUAUGUAGGUUAACAACUUUAAUUCAGGGUUUUUAGUUGGAUGAACAAAUUCCUGUAACCUCCUUUUUCUUAUCAUUGUAGUACUUACUGUAGUAAUAAUGAUUAUAUGUAGGCCACACUGGUGCAUGGGAUGUACUGUAUUUUUUUAAUACCUAAAUAAAGAAAAAUCUUGAAAUUC